AAGGGUUUCAACAGUAUGCCCCAGAGCCAAGGCCACUUGCUCAAGAGCUUCUACAGUGUCCCACCACUCUCUGCCAUCAUACAUGGGUCUAAGCUUAUAAACUUUGAAGAUGGAUUUUUUUUACCCAGCAGCUGCCAUGGCCGGACCUGGCUCCUGGACAACUUUCAAGAAACCGGCAGUGAGACUACCAGCUGCAAAGUGUCCGGCCAUAAACAGGAACUGUGCACAGAGCCUAGCUGUGUGCAAAGUGUUGGCCUCCCCAGAGUUGUCCAAACAACUUGUUCUAAUUCCAGGCCCUGUGAAAAGACAAUAUGCCGAUCAAGAUAUUCCUCAACACUGGCGGAGUGUGUUUCUCAGCCUUGCCAGUCAGGAAGCAGCCAGCAAGUGGGUUUUGUAGCCCAGAGCUGCCAGCCUGUGAGCUAUGUGGCAAAGAGUUGUCCACCUAAGACAUGUGCAUUUAAGAGUUGUCAGACUCUGGAACGUGAACCUGGCCAAUGUCAAUCUCAGAGCCCUGGAUCCAGUUCCUGUAGGCCUCCAGUCCCUGUGGCACCAGGGUCACAACUCCUGGACUCUUCUUCUAACACUUAUGAGCCAACUUGCUGUGUUACUGGUGGUUUGUAA